AUUUAUUAUCAUAUUUUGCUUUUCAAUUUUCCUCCCGUUCUCCAGUGUUCAAGAAUCGUUCGUUAAGCCAAUGGCCACCCUCAGAAUAGCUCUUCGUAACGCCCGCCGUAUCAUUAAUACUUCCACCGUCGCCGACCGUACAACCACCGUAUUCAGGCCGCAGUAUGGUUGGGUUUCAAGAUAUUCAUCUACGGAUUUUAGUAACACUCAGCCACUGAACAUCGAUCUUUCGAACGAAGAAAGCAAAAGGCGUCUUUUUAACAGAUUGUUGUAUAGGAGCAAACAAAGAGGGUUUUUGGAGCUGGAUUUGGUUUUGGGAAAAUGGGUUGAGGAACAUAUUCAUUCCAUGGAUGAAAAUGGAAUUAAAGCUCUUGUUCAUGUCCUUGAUUUGGAAAACCCCGACCUCUGGAAAUGGUUAACGGGUCAAGAACAACCACCCGAAUUGGUGAUGGUUAAUCCUGUUUUCUCUGCAGUACAAGAGAAGGUCUUGAAAAACCUCAGCGACCAUUCUUCACCCGAGACCCGAUCAACCCCCGGCCAGCCAUGGGUGAGAGGGUGGGAUGAUAUCAAGAAAGGCCGCGAUAGCCCUAUUACCGGAAACCAGUAGCUUUUCGUUUUCCUUUGAGAUUGCAGGUUCUGAAGGCA